CACGAACCUUUCGCGAAAGCAGAACCACAGACUCUUCAGUCUGUAUUGGACGGUGGAUCUGUGUACAGUGGCUGUGGCAGUGCGGCACCCUAAGUGAUCGUGAUCGUGCUUUCCAUACACUGACUCUGUAGUGUAGUGUGUGUUACAGCGGCAUUGUCGGGCAAAGGAUUUCAAACGCAUCGCAUUGUCAUGUAAUGGUUUCCAGCACCACCACCGUGCCCAACAACCCAGAUGGCCCGCGGACUUCGAAUGCAUUCACGAAAACAGACGAGUGCAAUCUCGGCUUGAGGAAGUUUACCGAUGCAAUGGAAGGGCGGGAAACGAGCGCACCACCAUCGAUACUGCUGCCGGCCACAUCACCCCUGCUAGCAUCCUACAAUACUUCCACAAAGAAAACAACCCAUACCACAAAUAAUGGGCCAACGACAGCGAGCCAUGUCACCUCCGGCACGCCGGUGUCGCUCCGUCCCAAGGGCCACUACCGCUCAUCUUCACUUGAGAACAACCCAUUCCAUCCGCAUGGUGGUAAGCCUAUGGUCGGGCUUAACAUUGCGCAGGCAAGCUUCACCGGCACGCUGAAAUCUCGCCGAGAGCAAAAACGGAUAUCCGAUUUCCUCAGCAAACAGUCGACGGGCCUCGGCACCGGCUCUAGUGGCGCGAGCUCGCUCACGUUGGUCACCGCGGCGCGAGAGCCACCGUCGGAGAGUAGCUUGCGGAAAGCCCACUUCGAGAAUAUUCGCGAGAUUUUCGAGAAAAAUAAUAGCAAAAAUGCCAGCGCCCAGCAGCACAGCCAGAAGUCAGCGAAGCUUACGGGCCACCAUCAGGUCACCAGCAGCACGGCCGCGGCAAUGAUGGCGGCCAAUGUCGCUACCGCUAGCGAACUUGCCAGCAACGGUGGCAGUGCCUCUACGCUCGGUAUACCGAUCGAUGAUAAACCUCCAAAAAUACAGGCUUGCAGCGGUAUUCUAGGGAAGGGCAAACAAGUGAUCCGUCCGAUUGCCUUCAAACCAGUUCCUUACAAAUGUAACACACCAAAUUACGGUGCCCCAAUUGGUGGCCGCCUGACGGAGCUGAGCGAUCGGUACGGUUCGACCCCGUCGCUCGGUCCUACGAUGAGCCUGCAGUACAAAUUCGGAAGCACCACAGACCUGCACCACCUGCAGCAGCAGCAACAGGGCAGCAGUGGCAGCAAUGGUGCAACACCGAUCGCCUCCGUAGGACCGUGCUCGAGCAGCGGAUCGAUGGGAGGCACAUCAUUUAGCACGUUCGGUGGCAGUAUGAUGAGCAACAGUUACCACCAGCACUAUCCCCAUCAAUACAGUAUCUUAAUGCGUAAAGGAGGAUCCUCGACUAUACCCUUCAAGACGUACGAUAGUCUGGAGUCCAUUCUGAAGCUGCCGGAUAGCAUGAUGGCAUCCUAUCCAAAUCCCAGCCAUGGCCUGUACCAUCAACAGGAUGUCCUCGAUAUGGCACCAUCACCAUCGGACUCGGGUAUAUCCGAACUAGAGGCAGCGCUGCGCGAUCGUGAUUCCGAGCUAGCCUACCUGCGGCAAACCAUGGAGCACAAUGAACAAGUAAUAUUCAAAGUUCAUCAGGACAAGGAGAAACACUGGGAGCAGGAGCUGAACCGACUGAAAGCGAUACACGAAAGCCGUUUGCGAGCCGGUGCUCAGAAGGUUCACAAACUCGAGCAACUGCUCAUGAUGCAAACGUUUCAGCUGCGGCAGGAUAAGAAGCGUUUACAAGAGGAUAACGCACGACUGCAAACAGGCAUAGCGCAAGCAAAGGAUCAAACUGAACUGCACAAAUCGGAACUGGAGCAGGCCCAACUUACUACAAAAGAGCUCAAGGACCAAAACGGAGAUUUGUUGGACGAAAUUCAGAUGCUGCGACGAAUAAUCAGCGAUCUGAAGGAGCGCUUGGAGGAAAGUGAAUGGAACCUCUGUCAGAAAAAUGGUGAAAUAGCUCUGAUGAAAACUCAGCUCAAAGAUGCACAGGCCGAACUAUCGUCGAAAGACCAGGAAAUUGUGCAGUUGAGAGCAGACGUGAAGCUGCAACACUAUGACGACAUUAGUUUGAAAAAGUCUGAGAUAAAAAAGGAGCUUGACUUUGAUCUGGAAAUUUCACAACUCAAUCGCAUUGUUAUCUUCAAGGAUCAGAUCAUCGUGCUGAUGAACAACGAAAUUCAGAAGUUACGCAAGGAACUGUCUGACAUUUCGAUACUGCGAGGCUAUGAAGGUGCACCGACCGGUCGAUACGCGCGUUACAAGAAAAAGCUCGAGCUCGUUGCACAAAAGUUCGAGGAAACGGAGCUCCGCAACGACAGCAACAAUAACAAUCAGCUUACGAAUAGCAAUAGCGGCAGCAACAAACCAACAGACUCUCCAACGGGUGGGGAAACCACCGAUAAGCAAGCGGCUUCCCCGUCGGCAAUGAUCUCCAGCAGCGACAUCAUAAAGAACUAUUUCAACAGCAAGCUCGAAAUGGAUAAGAAAUUGUUUCUGAGCUCGCAGAUCUGUAACUACUCCGACGAGGACAAGUCGAACAUUAUCGAUGCGUACGGCAGUGGAAAACCGGUUGAUAUCACUGACAUCACGCUCGAUUUGAGCAGUCUGCUGCCAAACUCUCUGACUGCGACGGCACAUAACCCAGUGGAUGAUGUACCAGUCACUACUGCCGAUAGCUAUAAUCAUCACCACAGCUCAUCCGACGAUGAUUACAAAUCCAUGACACCUACGCAGGAAGAGCAUGUGCCGGCAGAGGUGCACGAAAAGGAAUUGCACGUUUCUUCUGCCAAACCCAUCGAAAGCUCGGGCCUAAAGGAAGGAAAGCAUCAGCACAAUAGUGUUGACGAGCUAGAACGGCUUAACCGGGAGCUAGCAGCAUGCCGGGAAUGCUUCGAACAGGAAAAAGCGAAAUGGGCAGACGAAAAGGAAAAGGUGCUGAUCUAUCAGCGGCAGUUGCAGAAAAAUUAUGUCGAAAUGUGCAAGCGCACACAGCUGCUCGAGGAGCAGCUCAAGACUAUGCAGAUAGAACAAGGUCAUCGUGACUCUAGUCGAAACUAGAGCCCAUUUAGACAAUUGUGCUACGUCUAUACCAAGACGAGCACGGCUAUUAACGUAGGUUUCCAAGCGGACGUGAGCGUUUAUUGUGUUUGUAUUAUUUGCCCCUCUCUUGCCAGGGCUCGUUCGUUUUGCUUGCGUUCUACCUUUAGGUGUGUUAGGAAAUACGUCGAAUUAAGUUAUGCACAUAGAACCGAUUUAGUUACAAUUACAUACACACAGGUGGUUUAAGUGAUUGACUUUUUUUUUUGUUUCCAAGCGUCAAAUGAAUAAUAAUGAAAAGACAUGAUUCUCAAUCAGUGAA